CAACGGUUAACGUCAAUGAGUUAUUUGUUUUUAUUUCCAUUAACCUAAAUAUUACAAAAGGAGUUAUAGAAAAAUUAUAAUUUAAAAUUAAGUUCAAAAGAGAAUCUUUCUAAAUGAUAGAUCUUAAUUCAGUAUUUGUCUUGGCCGAAACAUUAGCCACUGAAGUGAAUAACAUCAACAGUGAAAACGAAACAAUAGAGCUGUUUAUUAUCUAUGGUUGCUUUGGAGUAGUCUUAUUUUACGGCGUAUCCAAAUACUUAGAUGUUAAACCAGAAGCCGUAAGAACCAUAAAUAACAAUUACUUUUUUUAAAGUUUAAAAUUCAAAAUGGCAGCUCCACCCAACCAUUUUAUGCAGAAUUUGAGUAAUCCGCCACAAAUGGGCAUGAGGAGUUCCUUUGGACCGAAUCCUAUGCAAACUCAGAUGGCUCCAGGCAGUAUGCAGAAUACAAUGCCUACGCAGAUGCCUGUCCAGCUUUCUAACCCCAUGGGCAAUCCAAUGGUACCUCAAAUGACUAAUCCAAUGAACGGAGCUAUGGGCAGUCAAAUGAAUCCUAGCAUGAAUGGAGGAUCGCCUAUGCUAGGCAUGAAUCAACAUUAUAGUAUGAAUAGUCCAAUGAAUGGGGCCCAGAUGGCACCCCAUCAAGCUCCUACUCAGAUGCCUAUGCAACAGAGACCAAUGGAAUUUACUCCAGCCUUAAAUCAUCAUGAAAUGCCUCAACAAACUCCUGGGGUUACACCUACUCCCCCAUCAGUUCCAGUGCAACAACAGCAGCAACAACAACAAUCCAAAGAAUUCAAUACAGCUUCUCUAUGCCGAUUAGGGCAAGAGACUGUCCAAGAUAUUGUUAGCAGAACUCAAGAGGUGUUUCAGACUUUGAAGCAAAUUCAGCCUCCAAAUGGCACUCCACAGUCUCUAAAUGCCAGCAACGAAAAAAAGGCCAAAGUUCAAGAACUUCUGCGCACAAUUCGAGUCCUUUUCAAAAGACUACGUCUAAUCUAUGAAAAAUGCAAUGAAAAUUGUCAGCUACAAGGAAUGGAAUACACACAUAUCGAAAGCCUGAUUCCUUUUAAAGAUGAAAUAGACCCCAAGCAUGAUGAAAAGAAGAAUUCCGAGGCUUAUAGAUUGGCUUGUGAAGAAAGCAAAGAGGUUAUGGAACAGGUUGUUUUGAAAAAUAAACAACUAAAGGAAGUUAUAGAUCAUUUAAGACGCAUUAUUUGGGAGAUAAAUACAAUGUUGACCAUGCGAAAGUCCUAGCUAGAGUUUAUCACUGACCAUGAUGGGUACAUUCAAUUUAUUGCCUAGUUCUUUGUUCGUUUUUUAAAAUGUCUUAUGUAAUCAUAAGAGUUUUGUUAUCACUGGAUGUUUAGUCCUUAUUAAUAAAAAU